AGCCGCAGCGCUCGCGCCUCCCCGCCCCGCGCGGUCCCCGGCCCGGGCGCCGCCGCCAUUGACGCGCGCACAUAGCGCCCAGCACGGCCAGGCGUCCUGCCCCGCACCGGCGCCCAGCGGCGGGCAGCACAGCACAGUGUUUGUGCCGGAAGGCCCGUGGGUCAGCAAGCUGAGAGGGAAACUGAGGCAAGAUGUCGGGCCGGAGCGGGAAGAAGAAAAUGUCCAAGCUGUCCCGGUCAGCCAGAGCUGGGGUCAUCUUCCCGGUGGGCAGGCUGAUGCGCUACCUCAAGAAAGGGACAUUCAAGUACCGGAUCAGCGUGGGCGCCCCCGUGUACAUGGCGGCUGUCAUUGAGUACCUGGCAGCGGAAAUUCUCGAGUUGGCCGGGAAUGCUGCAAGGGACAACAAGAAGGCUCGGAUAGCACCACGGCACAUCCUGCUGGCAGUUGCCAACGACGAGGAGCUGAAUCAGCUGCUCAAAGGAGUGACCAUUGCCAGUGGGGGUGUCCUGCCCAGGAUUCACCCCGAACUGCUGGCCAAAAAGCGAGGGACCAAAGGCAAGUCGGAAACCAUCCUCUCCCCUCCUCCAGAGAAAAGAGGGAGGAAGGCCACAUCAGGCAAGAAGGGAGGCAAGAAAUCCAAGGCUGCCAAACCACGGACGUCACAGAAGUCCAAGCCAAAGGACAGUGACAAAGAGGGCACUUCCAACUCCACCUCUGAAGACGGGCCAGGGGAGGGAUUCACCAUUCUAUCUUCUAAGAGCCUUGUUCUGGGGCAGAAGCUGUCCCUGACCCAGAGUGACAUCAGCCACAUUGGCUCCAUGCGAGUGGAGGGGAUUGUGCACCCCACCACAGCCGAAAUCGACCUCAAGGAAGACAUCGGGAAGGCCUUGGAAAAGGCAGGAGGGAAGGAGUUCUUGGAAACCGUCAAGGAGCUCCGCAAAUCCCAAGGCCCUUUGGAAGUUGCUGAAGCCGCCGUCAGCCAGUCCAAUGGACUUGCGGCCAAGUUUGUCAUCCACUGUCACAUCCCUCAGUGGGGCUCUGACAAGUGCGAAGAGCAGCUCGAAGAGACCAUCAAGAACUGCCUGUCAGCCGCCGAAGACAAGAAGCUCAAGUCCGUGGCAUUUCCCCCCUUCCCCAGCGGCAGAAACUGCUUCCCCAAACAGACGGCGGCACAGGUGACCCUACGGGCCAUCUCGGCCCACUUCGACGACUCGAGCGUGUCCUCGCUGAAGAACGUCUACUUCCUGCUCUUCGACAGCGAGAGCAUCGGCAUCUACGUGCAGGAGAUGGCCAAGCUGGACGCCAAGUAGAGCGUCGGCCGACGGGAGCCCUGGCGCAGGAGGGCGCCAGCGGGGGUGUCUGUCGUCGUCGUUUCAAAGGAGCCGAGGGUGCUGGCGGGCAGAUCCGCCCCCCCACUGGGUGUGGCCUUUGCUCACAAACCAGGUGUGCCACCUCCCCACACCCCAGGGCUUCUUUCCCUGUCUUUCUUCCCUUUGUUUUAGAAAUUUUGCUGUUUGUUCGUUCUUUUUUUUAAAAGAGGACUUUUUUUAGAUUUAUAGCCUUGACUUUUACACACCCGCCUACACCCCCACACACACCAGGUCUUCUAAAAAAUCUUUCCUGCCAGGGCGGAGGGCAAACCAAGUGGUUUGGGUGGUGUGGGCUGUGGCACUCGGUGUUGAGGAGAAGAAAAUCAGGAGGCAGCUCGGGGCGUUUCUUCCCUGCUUUAGUGGCCCUCCUCUCCUCACCCAGUGAUAUCUGUAACUACUCCUGAAAAUGUUUUUGGCUUUGGGCUUUUUUGUUGGUGGUGGUUUGUUUGGGGGUUUUGUUUUUUAAAGAAAAUGAAAAAAAAAAAAAAAAGAUCCAGU